AUGGGUAACUGCUGGAGCUACAGUAACCUCUGUAGUGGCCGUGGAAGCAGCAGUCUGCCCUCUCACACCAUCAUCAAUGAAUUUCCAGAGUACGGCACAGUAGAGUCAAGCAGACAAGCGGCAGUGGCUCUGUCGACAAGCCCGGCCGAGCCUGUAAUGCGCAGUCCAGAGCGACAGGACAGCCACCACCGUGUCAGGCCUGUGCCUCAGCACGUGGCUCCUGCAGAUAAUCUGGGGCCUGAUGCAGGGCCAGUGCAGCUUCGUACCCCAGAAGAAGGUUUGCAACCUGCAGGUAAUCUGCCAGAGAUUAUGAAAAUCUCUCAACGGCUAGAGGCAACAAAGGUGCAAGAAAGAGCAAAUACUUUUCUCGAUUCAGAGACGCAAAUGGAAAAAAAGAGUGUUACUGGCAGCCAAAAUGUGCAGGCAGCCAGAGAACCAGUUCCAGCAGGCCAAGAAAAACUCUCAGACAUGCUUCUUCCAUCUGAACGAACAGCUGAGGGAAAAAAGCAUUUGAUCAUAGAGAAGGAUCUGGCUUCAAUAUGGGCUGAAGAAAAGCAGUCCAAAUCCUCACAAGUUAUAAGUAAUAAAGCAGAGGAGGUCCACGCAGCUCAGGAACCAAGCUGUCACAAACCAUCUGUGACAAACGUGGAAGCAGUCAUCAGAGUGGAGAGGGGAACACAUUCUGAGGAGUUUUCAGAGUACAGUCAAGGCAAAAUGCAAACAGGUCCUGAGAGAAGGCUUGCUAAAGAGGCAGCUGUGAGUAAACAUGUAGAAUUUCAAGGUGUGGAGAUCUUAUGGCUGCAAAAAAUUGAGGAGCAGAGAAGAAAGAAGCACUCACUGCUGGACUCUGUGUCUGUGGAGAGGAAGGCAUUCCCCAAAACAUCCAGCCACCCUGUGUUGUCAGUAGUCUCCCCAGCCUUGGUUUCUUUGCCAGACAGUGCGUGGAGUGAGGUUUGUGAAGACCCAAGGCUACGACCCACAGCCUCUGGAGCCACUCCUGUAGCACUGCUCGAUGAAAGUGGAAAGGAUAAAAUUUCUGUGAAGGACAGGAAGAACUGUAGUGAGGAGGAGAUGGCUGUGCUUGCAAGAGGUCAGGGCAGGAUGGUGGAAGAGGCGGAAGCAGCCACAGGAGGACAUGAAGAUUUCCUUGGGCAGAGGCACUCUGACGUCUCCACUGAUCUGUACAGCUCACAGUUUGAAAACAUCCUAGACAAUGCAUCUUUGUACUACAGUGCAGAAUCGCUGGAGACAUUGUACUCGGAGCCUGAUAGCUACUUCAGCUUUGAGAUGCCACUCACUCCCAUGAUCCAGCAGCGCAUGAAGGAGGGCGGACAGUUUUUAGAUAGGACAUCAGCCUUGGGGCAGACAGAUAUCCCUGACAGGGAAGUGAAAGGAUGUGGUGAAGGCAUCGCCAAUGGCUUAAGGGAUGCAAGUGAAACGCUCUUCACAGUAGAUGUUACAGAAGUCCCUGGUCUGGAAAGCAGUGUUGAACUACAGAAUGUGGUGUUAGACUCCAGUGCGGCCAUGGGGAGCAAUGAACUUCAGGAGAAAGAUGCCACUGGAGCCCCUAGUCAUGAUCUCAGCAAUGGCAGCAGCAGCAAUUUGGAAGCAGCCAGGCGUCUGGCUAAGCGCCUCUAUCAUCUGGACAGAUUCAAACGCUCUGAUGUAGCAAAACAUUUGGGUAAAAACAAUGAAUUCAGCAAGCUUGUGGCUGAAGAGUAUCUUAAAUUUUUUGACUUCACAGGCAUGACGCUGGACUGUUCACUCAGGAGUUUCUUUAAGGCCUUUUCACUUAUUGGAGAAACUCAGGAACGAGAGAGAGUUUUAAUCCACUUCUCCAGCAGAUACUACCAGUGUAACCCAAAUGCCAUUUCUUCUCAAGAUGGAGUUCACUGUCUCACAUGUGCCAUGAUGCUGCUGAACACAGACCUGCAUGGCCAUAACAUUGGGAAAAAGAUGACCUGCCAAGAGUUCAUUGCUAACCUCCAGGGAAUGAACGAUGGCAAGGACUUCCCGAGAGGGCUCUUGAAGGCCCUCUACAAUUCAAUCAAGAAUGAGAAGUUGGAAUGGGCAGUGGAUGAAGAUGAGAAAAAAAAAUCUCACUCGGAUGGUACAGAUGAAAAGGAUAAUGGGAACCAGACAAAGGCUGUCAGUCGAAUUGGCAACUCAAAUAACCCAUUCCUGGACAUCCCUCAUGACCCCAAUGCUGCCGUGUAUAAAACUGGAUUUCUGGCUCGGAAAAUCCAUGCAGAUAUGGAUGGAAAGAAAACUCCCCGGGGAAAACGAGGCUGGAAAACCUUUUAUGCUGUGCUAAAGGGAACGGUUCUGUACUUGCAGAAGGAUGAAUAUAAGCCAGAAAAGGCUUUGUCGGAGGAAGAUCUGAAGAAUGCAGUUAGUGUGCACCAUGCGCUGGCAUCCAAGGCAACAGACUAUGAGAAGAAACCCAAUGUCCUCAAGCUUAAAACAGCAGAUUGGAGAGUCUUGCUUUUCCAAGCCCAGAGCCAAGAGGAAAUGCAGACCUGGAUCAACAAGAUUAACUGUGUGGCUGCUGUCUUCUCUGCACCACCAUUUCCAGCAGCCAUUGGCUCUCAGAAGAAGUUCAGUCGCCCACUCCUGCCAGCCACCACAACGAAACUCUCUCAGGAUGAACAGUUGAAGUCCCAUGAAACUAAGCUGAAGCAGAUCUCCACUGAGCUUGCUGAACAUCGCUCCUAUCCUCCUGACAAGAAGCUCAAAGGCAAGGAAGUAGAUGAUUACAAACUGAAGGACCACUAUCUGGAAUUUGAGAAAAAUCGCUAUGAGAUUUAUGUUGGCCUACUGAAAGAAGGGGUGAAGGAGCUGCUGAGUGGAGGAGAGAACGAUGCACCAGGACUGAAGAAAUCCCACUCAAGUCCUUCUUUGAAUCAGGAAUCUCCAGUUAGCGCCAAGGUGAAACGCAACGUCUCAGAGAGGAAGGACUACAGGCCAGAAACACCCAGCAUUAAGCAGAAGGUCACUUAA